AUGGCGCACAGGAAGACCCAAGAAUCGGAAGAGCUGCGCAUGUUGAAGGCCCCUAUCGACAGGUUGAAGGCUACCACGAGCCAUCUAAUAGCAAUGCAAUCGCAGUCUCGCCAAAUCGUGGACACGGCCAAUUUCCUGGACAACGAACUGGUACCUUCUCAGACACAAGAAUGGAUCGAUGUUCAUGACCCGGCGACCAACAACCUCGUCACCAGAGUCCCACAGAGCACUCAAGAAGAGCUAGAAGCGGCGGUCAGAUCGGCUCAUAACGCGUUCUUAUCAUGGCGUGCCACCUCGAUCAUCCGAAGGCAGCAAGUCAUGUUCCGGCUGACGCACUUGAUCCGUCAAAACAUGGACACGCUCGCUGCCUCGAUCGUGCUCGAGCAAGGCAAAACUCUUGCCGAUGCCAAGGGCGACGUACUACGAGGUCUCCAGGUCUGCGAAACAGCUUGCGCCAUCACCACGCAAUCGACGGGGGAGGUGCUUGAGGUCGCGACGGACAUGGAGACAAGGUCGUGUCGGGAACCACUAGGCGUUGUGGCGGCUAUAUGCCCUUUCAAUUUUCCGGCAAUGAUACCACUGUGGUCACUUCCAUUGGCGACUGUGACCGGAAACACGCUCAUUCUGAAGCCUAGCGAGCGAGAUCCUGGAGCCGCCAUGAUCAUCGCUCGGCUGUGCAAGGAAGCCGGGUUCCCUCCUGGGGUCGUGAAUAUCGUCCAUGGGUCGGCAAAGACGGUCGAUUUCAUCAUCGAUGCACCAAUUAUUCGAGCCAUCUCGUUCGUCGGGUCGAACCGCGCCGGCGAAUACAUCUAUAGACGCGCCUCUGAGCAAGGCAAGCGGGUACAAGCCAAUCUCGGUGCCAAAAACCAUGCUGUGCUCAUGCCGGAUAGCAACAAGAACCACGCCAUUCACUCCAUCAUUGGUGCCGCCUUUGGUGCCGCCGGUCAACGCUGUAUGGCACUGAGUGUGCUCCUUUCCGUGGGAGAAACCCAGCAAUGGAUUCCAGAUCUUGUUGAACGGACCAAAUCUCUCCGAGUGGACGGAGGCUUUGAAAACGACGUCGAUUUGGGGCCUGUGAUCACUCCCCAAGCGAGAAAACGGGUCGAAGGUUUGAUCGCGUCUGCCGAGGAAGAAGGCGCGACCAUCUUACUGGACGGUCGUGGGUAUAAGCCGAGUAAAUAUCCCAACGGCAACUGGGUGGGCCCUACCAUCAUCACCAACGUUAAGCCACAUAUGCGAUGCUACACGGAAGAGAUAUUUGGGCCGGUGCUUGUGUGCCUAGAUAUCUCCACCCUCGACGAGGCUAUCGCGCUGAUCAACGACAACCCUUAUGGGAAUGGGGCGUCCAUCUUCACGACAUCUGGGGCCGUGGCCACACGGUUCCAGAAGAACAUUGAAGCCGGCCAGAUUGGAAUCAACGUGCCAAUCCCCGUGCCUUUACCGAUGUUCAGCUUCACAGGCAACAAAAAGAGCGUGGCAGGGACGGGACUCGCCAAUUUCUAUGGCAAAGAUGGAUUGAGAUUCUACACUCAGUGGAAGACUGUCACCAGUUUUUGGGGGUCGAAAGACGCUUCCUCGACGGAGAAGAGUGUCAGCAUGCCCACCCAGUCAUAA